AUGGAGGAGACGUUUGCUGACGCUGGCGUCUCCAUCACAGUGACCUCCCUUACGGACUUCAUCUCCUUUGCCGUUGGUUGCGCGACACCAUUUCCAAGUGUUCAGAUGUUUUGUGCGUAUGCGGUGACAGCAGUGAUGUUCACAUACGUCUAUCAGCUCACUUUCUUCGCUGGUAUCAUGGUCUACACGAAUCGUCGCGAAAUGGACAACAGAAACUGCAUCACUUUCAGAAAGAUCAAAAAGGGUUUGUUGUUUUCUGGAGUUACAUCGCACAGAUUCUAUGAUAGACAUAGUUUUCAGAAGGAUCGAAGAGUGCAUAUGAAGAUCGAAUGUAUUGCAGACUACGGUAGUAAUCUCCACGUAUGGAUGUACAAUCUGUCAAAUGUCGAUAUUGGUCCAAGACGUAUUUGGACGGUGUUGGACAAGGAAAUAGAACUCUACGAGCACACUGAGUUCACAGGAGCUGCUGAUUCGUGGUUGCGUACUUACCUUGCUUUCACCAAACAGUCUGGAUUGCUCAUUACUCAGGAUAAUUUUGUUUACAUUCUCAGGAAUGUGUUCUUGUCACAACCACAAUUCGGAAAAUACCGGCGUGAUAUUUUGUUCGACGCGAGCGGAUCUUUGCUGGACGCCUCUCGAGUACCGAUCCAGCUCCGUCAUGUUGGAUUUGCGAAUCAAAGUCGAGCGAUGCAGCUGUUCAGAAAACUGGCUGAGACUAGUAAGCUUCCGACCGGCGUCUAUGCCGACUUCUUCCAGGUUGGUUGCAAUCUGAAUGUCUGUACACCCCUUGGUGUGAGGUGA